AUGGAAAAAUCCAAUUACAAUAAUAAAAAUAGUAUCAAUGAUAGUGACUGUAAAGUGCAACUAGACAUUGAGAAACACGAACAAAAUAAAAUUCAACACGAAAAACACGAACAAAACAAACCACACGAUCAAAUGAAGCAAAUCAACAAACAACUUAAUGAACAACAACAAAAUGAACAAGAACAUUUACCAUUAAAGAACGAUAAUGAUGACGAUGAUACAUCAGUUAUUGAAGAUAGUGAAUCAAACAUUGAAAAAGAACAUUUAUCUAACAACAAACUCAUUGAUUCUUCUAGUCAGUUGGUAGCAACUUUGGAUGAAAUAGAAAAGGAUGAAAAUAUAGAAGAUAAAGAAGAAAGUAAUGAAAAAAACAACGCUACUAUUGAAAAUUUAGAAAAUAAUAAUGACAACAAUAAUAAACAUGAGCAAUCAGCUCAAAAUUUUGAAUUAAAUAAACCCACUCCAAUCGAUAUAAUCAAAAUUCAUGAAAAUAUUGAAGACAACAUCAUUAAAAAAGAUCCUUAUAAUGAUGACAAUAAUAUUGAAGACAAAAUUCCUUCUAACAAUGACAAUAAUAAUGAAGAUGAAAAUCCUUCUAACGAUGACAACAAUAAUGAUUCUUUUAAUGAAGAUAACAAUGAAUAUAAAGGUCCUUCUAACGAUGUUAAUAAUACUGAAGAAAAAGUCUCUCACAAUGAUGACAAUAACGAAGAUAAAGAUACUUCGAAUAAUGAUGACGAUGGUAACGUAGCACUUAAUUCUAACGAAGAUGGUAAUAAAGAUUCUUCUAACGAUGACAAUAAUAAUAUAAAAGACAUUUCAAAUAAAGAUGAUGAUGUAGCACCUACAUACAAUGAAGGCACUUUCAACGAAGAAAAUGAUAAUCUCAUAGGUCCUGUUUCUUCAAACGAUUAUAAUAUUUCUCCUGAUGAUGAAAGCAAUGAUUUUAAAGAUACUUUAAAUAAAAGUGAAGAAGAUAAUAUAGCACUUACUUUAAAUAAAAGUGAAGAAGAUAAUAUAGCACUUACUUUAAAUAAAAGUGAAGAAGAUAACAUAGCACUUACUUCUAAUGAAGAAGAUGGCGAUAAUAUUACAGAUCCUUCGAUCAAUAACAAAGAUGUCGAUACUAAUGAUAUUACAAAUCGAGGAGUUAAGCGAUUUGAAACAAGCGAAACAGAUUUACCAUCAAAAAGAACCAAAAUCGAAGAACAAUCAAAUAAGAAAUCACGCACCCACAAAAGAAAAUUAUCAGAAUCAGUAUUUGAACCAAUAUUGUGCAUAUUAUUAGAUUCAGAAGGUGAAUAUGGAUCAGAAGACGAAUAUGUAUAUGAAUUUGAAUCAGAAUACGAAUACGAAUCAGAAAAUGAAUCAGAAACAAAAUUAGAAUUAGAAAAAAAAAUGGAGUCUGAACAACCACAAAUAUUACAAACAUCAUCUCCUUCGAUGGUUACUGAUGUUAUUACAACAAUUGGUAACAAAGUUUCCAAUAAUUAUCAUUGUCAAUAUUGUGAUUAA